AAAUUUUUAGUGUCCUCCUAAAUCGACAUGCUGCCGCGAAGUGCGGAUGUAUUCGAGAGAGUACGGUAACUGUGUCAACGCAAAUCGACUCUUUUCCGCACUGAGGUAGUUGUACACACAAACGGUUUUUUCCGUCGGUGUCCCUGACCUCACUGGGAUUUUUACCCACAAUAUCUGAUCGAAAUGGAUGCGGACCUCAGUGCCUCGGCUGCUACUGCCCCACCGGACACCGAGGCAGGGCGUAAAAGAAGGGUCCACGGUAUGCUGAAGCUCUAUUAUGGGUUGAACGAGGAAGGGAAGUCCGAUCAAACUGAAUCGCUGGAUCCGUGUGACAUAAAUGGGCCGCAUUUCGAUCCUGAGGUGUAUCUCAAUAAGCUAAGAAAGGAGUGUUCCUUGGCUGAGCUGAUGGACCAGGAGAGCUGCAUGGUGAAGCAAAUCCGAUCCCUGGACAGUGACAUGCAGACACUGGUGUAUGAGAAUUACAACAAGUUCAUCUCCGCUACAGACACAAUAAGAAAAAUGAAGAAUGACUUCAAGAAGAUGGAGGAUGAGAUGGACUGUCUGUCCACCAACAUGGCAGCUAUAACUGAAUUCAGUGCACGAAUCAGUGGAACUUUGCAGGACCAGCAUGCACAGAUUACCAAGCUGUCAGGGGUUCACACCCUCCUACGGAAACUGCAGUUCCUCUUCGAGCUGCCGGCCAGGCUGAACAAGUGCCUGGAGCUCCAGGCGUACGCCCAGGCGGUCAGCUCCCACCGCCGCGCCCGCUGUGUGCUGCAGCAGUACAGUCACAUGCCCUCCUUCCGCGGCAUCCAGGACGACUGCCACGCCAUCAUGGACCAGCUGGCCCAGCAACUGCGGCAGAAGUUCAGGGAUGGGGGUUCGAGUGCAAAGGACUUGUCCGAGUGCGUGGAGCUGCUGCUACAGCUGGAUGAGCCCGCAGAGGAACUCUGUGACAAAUUCCUCAGCCACGCCCAGUCCAGACUGGAGACGGAUCUUUUGGGGCUGGAGGCGGAGUUGCGAGAACCUGUGUCUGUGUCUGGACCAAUGGCAACAAUAGACCCUGCUGGUACUUCUGUCUGCAAGCCCCCAACUACACCCACUGAUGAAGGUCCAGCUGCCUCUCCCCAGCCCACAUCCACCCCGAUACUUUCCCCCUCCACUAGGACUGAUAUUUUAGAAUUCAUCGACAGGGGAUGCAAUGAAUUUGUCAGCAGCCUCUGUCUGGUUAUCGCCUCUUAUCAGGAACUGUUCAUCAACCGUCCACAAGAGGGUGACUUGGCCUCCAAAAAUAUCCCUCAGAUGGCUAGCGGCAAGCUCCACAGCUUUGUUGAUGCCCUGGCCGCCCGAUACUUCACGCUGGUGGAGCGCAGGAUCCAGGAGGAGAAAGGGGUGGGAGAUAACUCUUUGCUGGUGCGAGCUUUGGACCGCUUCCAUCGCAGGCUCCAGGCGGUGUCUAAGCUGCUUCCCGGGUCUCCCGUGCCGAGCCAGGGGACUGAGAUCGUGGUGCGGGCUGCCAGGGAAAGGAUCAGGCAGUACCUCGCUGCCUUGCAGAGCUUCUACAUGGACAGCCUGACCGAUGUGAGGCAGGCCCUGGCAGCUCCCCGGCUCUCUGUGGGCGGGGCAGGUGUUGCGGGUUCCGGGGGUCUCCUGGCAGGAGCCGCCUCUGUGAAGGAUGCUCCCCCUAGCCUCCCGGACCUACUGUCCUCCCUGUCCGCCUCCAUUCUGAACCAGAUCAAGUCGGUCCUGGCAUCCGUCCAUCUCUUUACAGCAAAGGACAUCACCUUCUCUAACAAACCUUAUUUCAAGGGAGAGUUCUGCAGUGAGGGCGUACGAGAGGGCCUAGUGGUGAGCUUCAUCAAGUUUGUGUGCCAGUCUUCACGUCAGUUCUGCGAGAGCGCUGGGGACAGGGGCGGCACCACGCCCCCUGCCCUGCUGCUGCUGCUGUCCCGUCUCUGCCUGGACUACGAGACCUCCACCAUCUCCUACAUCCUCACCCUCACGGACGAACAGUUCCUCGUGCAGCACCACAACCCGGUGACUGCGGUUACGGCUUUGUGCGCGGAGGCCCGCGAGGCUGCACAGAAGCUGCUUAAUCACUAUGUCAAGGUCCAGGGCCUGAUCAUCUCGCAAAUGCUGAGGAAGAGCGUGGAAACGAGGGACUGGGUCAACACCAUCGAGCCACGCAACGUACGUGCAGUUAUGAAGAGGGUGGUGGAGGACACCACCUCCAUUGAUGUACAGGUGGGCUUGCUAUAUGAGGAGGGUGUUAGAAAGGCCCACAGCAGUGACUCCAGCAAGAGGACCUUCUCUGUCUAUAGCAGCUCCAGACAGCAAGCCCGGUAUGCCCCCAGCUACACACCCAGUGCUCCAAUGGACACCAACCUGCUCAGUAACAUCCAUAAACUCUUCUCUGAGAGGAUUGACAUCUUCAGUCCUGUGGAGUUCAACAAGGUCUCGGUCCUGACAGGGAUCAUCAAGAUCAGCCUCAAAACGUUCCUGGAGUGUGUGCGACUGCGGACCUUCGGCCGCUACGGGCUGCAGCAGAUCCAGGUGGACUGCCACUACCUGCAGAUGUACCUGUGGCGCUUCGUGUCCGACGAGAACCUGGUGCACUUCCUGCUGGACGAGAUCGUGGGCAGCGCCGCCCACCGCUGCCUGGACCCCGCCCCCAUGGAGCAGAGCGUCAUUGAAGUGAUCUGUGAGAGGGGGUAGCUGCAGGACUCAGGCACUCACUGACGGUUCAACUCUGAAGCGGGGUGUGGGAGAUCUCCGACCAUUUGGAUAACGGUGUGUAGUCAGGGAUUCAGAGGGUUCACUGCAGGAGAGGGGUCUUGAGAUGUGAGAUGGGGGGGAGGUUUGUAGGGGAUGGGAGGCUGCAUGUGGAUUGCAGCGGUGUGGUUUAAGAUGGCCAAAGAGAAGGACAGGACCAGGCAGCGUUCAGUAAGGCAGAGCACCACAAGACAUUUCAUAGAGAGGGCAGUGUCCAGAGUUUAAUACUUUAAAGUGCAUUUGACAAGCUCCUGUCGGCCUCUUUGUGACACAUGUUGUGGUGCUUGGCCUUAUGAAUGUAGGCCAGGAGAUAGACUGUGGGUCAGCAUUUGGAGACAUCAAGUCACUACAUGGGUGGGGGUUGGGCUUUAUUAGCCUAUAAGGAAUUUAAGAUGACCAGUGGUAAUUUAAUCAGUUAAAUGAGGUCCUCAAGGUACAACCAAUGCUGUGAAUGACCGAUUCGGGGGAAAAAUUGACUUCAAGAAUAUAAUAAUCACCCUCUUCAGUAAUUAUCAAUACACUUAACUAAUACCAUUC